CACUAAAAAUGGAGGACUUGCUAGACUUCCUCGUACUUUGUUUUUCCGCCACCUUUAUCUUCUUAUGGUGGAGACACUGGUCCGUCACCGGUGGCGGCCAUAAGAACCUCCCGCCGGGUCCUCCGGGGUGGCCAAUCGUCGGCAAUCUCUUCCAAGUCAUACUCCAACGCAAGCCCUUCAUUUUUAUCGUCCGUGAUUUACGGGCAAAGUACGGUCCCAUCUUCACCAUGCAAAUGGGCCAACGAACUCUUGUUAUUGUCACCAGUUCUGGUCUGAUCCAUGAAGCCCUAGUUCAAAGGGGCCCAACCUUCGCUUCUCGGCCCAUGGACUCGCCGAUCCGGCUUGUGUUCAGCGUAGGCAAAUGCGCCAUUAAUUCCGCUGCAUACGGCCCACUCUGGCGGUCCUUGAGGAGGAACUUUGUUUCGGAGCUGAUAAGCCCAGUGAGAGUGAAGCAGUGUAGCUGGAUACGUAAAUGGGCUUUGGAGAACCACAUGAAGAGGCUCAAAACGGAGUCGUUUCAGAACGGGUUUGUUGAGGUAAUGAGCAACUGUAGACUCACUAUCUGUAGCGUCUUAAUUUGUCUAUGUUUUGGUGCAAAAAUUUCUGAAGAUCGUGUGGCUGAGAUUGAAAGUGUACUGAAAGAAGUUAUGUUAAUGACAACACCAAAGCUUCCAGAUUUCUUGCCAAUUUUGGCUCCAUUGUUUCAUCGUCAAAUGAGAGAAGCAAAAGAGCUGAGAAAGAAACAAAUGGAGCGUUUGGUUCCACUGAUAAGGAAAAGAAGAGAGUUUGUGGAUAAUGGUGAGAGGCCCAAUUUGGAAAUGGUGAGCCCAGUUGGUGCGGCCUAUGUUGACACACUGUUUGGGCUGAGUCCAGUGGGCCGAGGCUCAUUAGGUGAAGAAGAGAUUGUUACAUUAUGUUCAGAAAUUGUUAGUGCGGGGACUGACACUAGUGCGAUGACUGUUGAAUGGGUUUUGCUCCACCUGGUCCAAAACCAAGAGAUUCAACAAAAGUUGUACGAUGAAAUUGUUGGACUUGUUGGGAGAGAUGGGCUGGUUAUGGAAGAACAUGUGGAGAAGAUGGCGUAUCUUGCUGCGGUGGUUAAGGAGAGUUUCCGGCGACACCCGCCGAGUCAUUUUUUGUUAUCACACGCGGCGACGGAGGAGACGGAGCUAGGUGGGUACACGAUACCGGCGGAUGUGAAUGUUGAGUUCUACACUGCGUGGGUGACUGAGGAUCCGGAUAUGUGGGAGGAUCCAGGUGAGUUCCGACCCGAGAGGUUCUUGGAUGGGGGUGAUGGGGUUGACGUGGACGUGACGGGGACACGUGGCGUGAAGAUGUUGCCUUUUGGGGCGGGGAGGAGGAUUUGCCCGGCUUGGAGCUUGGGUGUGUUGCAUGUGAACCUUCUUCUUGCAAGGAUGGUACAUGCUUUUAGGUGGUUGCCGGUUCCGGGUUUCCCACCCGACCCGACUGAGACAUUCGCUUUUACAGUCGUGAUGAAAAAUCCUCUUAAGGCUGUUAUAUUGCCUAGGUAAACAGAUAUAGUCAAAGUUAUUAUAAAUUUAUAAUAUUCCCAUUAAAAUAAAUGAUUUUGCCAUUUAUGUUUUUUCUCGUCAUAUCUGGGUUCUAUGUAUCUUGGGGUUGAGCAAAUGA